GUGCAAGUAGCGGCGCAGGUGGAAGUGCAAGAAGCGGUCUAGGAGGAGGCAAGGCCGACUCAACAGUAGAGUCAAAAAAAACAUGUUUACCCCUCUUUUUCUUUUUGUAGAUAAUGUUCCUACACACCUUACCCAAGGAACCCGAUCGUCCCAUUCGUCGAACAACUCGUCAAAGCAGACGAAUUGCUGGAAUGACGAGCAGAUGUGGUUGAUGAGGUACACCCAGAUCUGCAUCGUCCCAUCCCGUCUUUGUAGAACUUCUACCUUCGUUCGUCUUUGGCGAGUUCCGAAGCUAUACAAAUGGACUCCAGGAAAUGCUUUGGAGUAUAGGAGAUAUUUAGGUGUUGAUCCGGACUCUCCUCUGUUUGUGAAGGAAGAAUUGAAGAAUGGAGAAAGAGAGGGGCAGAGAGAGUGA